AUGUCAACCAAUGUGGAUGACCACGACUCUGCUGGCUCUUUCCAUGGCGGAGCUCAGCAUGAAUUAUCGAAAUCGGCCUUUGGCAGUCUCGUGGCGGAGGCAGUAACGCUCGAUAGCCCAGAGAUGCGAGUCCUUGAUGUUGGCACUGGCGAUGGCUAUUGGCUUUACGACCUCCGCUCGCAGCUACACGAUCCGGAGAAUGCAGAUCUAGUCGGCACAGAUGCGGCGAUUAUGCCCGCUGAGCAGCGACCUUUCACCAUUCCACAAAACAUGCGCUUCCUGGCACAGAGCCCGCGCGACGACUGGCCGAACGAUAUCCAUGGGUACUUUGAUCUUGUCCACUGGCAACAUGUGAUAUCUUCGAGUGAAAGUUCCUUCGAGAAAGCGGUAGAGAUCACGGGACGUCUCCUUCGAUUGCUCAAACCGGGCGGCACGCUGUUGCUUGUCGAUCGCUGUUUCGAGCCAUCAGCCCUGGCGACGACAGACACACCGAGCAAGCAGCUGUUCCAGAUGCUCGGCAACGGGCUUUCUUCAGGCGGAACGGAAGGCACUCUGGGAGGCGAUCUGCCUGCGAUACUUGACGUCGCGAGCCAUAGUUCCGGGGUCAGGCUGAAUGAUGUCGGAAUGAAGAAGAGCGCGAGCCGCAUCGGUGAAGGCGCUGAAGCACAUGGCAAAGAGCUUGGACUGGCUUGGCUCAAGCAGCUCAAAGGCGACAGAAGCGGCAGUCGCAGCAAAGCAGAUACAGAUCGCUUCGACGAAAUUGUCGAGCAAGCAGUGGAGGAAGCUGAGAGCCAGGGAUUUGAAGUGGUAUGGUACGCCGCUUGGGCGAAGAGGUCUGGAGGAGAUGCGAACGGAGCCAUUGAGAUGCCGGCAUGA